UUUUACAGGGAUUUGUUAGUUUUCCAAUUUAUAAAAAAAUGCGACUUUUCGCUAGUAUGCGUUCUUUUGCUUGCGCAAGUUUUCUUUGUGCUAGAUACAAAAGUCUUAGUUUUGUUAAUUUACAACAACAAAAUGAGGAACAGGCUGUAAAGUUGUCUCGAAAGAUUGUUUCAAAUGUCGAUAAAAGUGGCCUGAGUCUUCGUUUAUAUCAAUAUCAGACAUGCCCGUAUUGUUGUAAGGUCCGUGCUGUUCUUGACUACUUUGGAUUUUCUUAUGAGGUUGUGGAAGUGAACCCUGUGACUCGUUCGCAAAUUAACUUUACUGAUUAUAAAAAGGUUCCUAUUGUUCGAACGCCUUGUUAUGAUCAUCCGCUUAUCGAAUCUUCUUUAAUAAUUUCAAUUUUGGCGACUUAUCUAGUUAAACCUGAGUUGACAUUUUCUGAUGCGGUUGAACUCUAUCCCAAGCAUGUUUCAAAAGAUGCAAAGACUGGAAAGGAAGUGACUGACUGGUUAAAUAAAUAUUUUGUUAUGUGGGGCGAUACAAAACUUGAUGAUGGACAAAUGCGGGAUGUUAGAGACGAACGUGAAUGGCGCGAAUGGGUCGACACUCAUUUUGUUCAUUUAAUCUCUCCAAAUGUUUAUCGCACUUGGUCCGAUUCAUUGGCAACAUUUCGUUGGUUUGAACAGGUUGGUGAAUGGGAACGCAAUUUUCCAACGUGGGAGAGAGUUUUGGCUGUUUAUGUAGGUGCUGCAGCAAUGUGGGGGAUUUCGAAGAGAUUGAAAAAGCGGCAUCAUAUUGUUGACGAACGCGAGGAGAUGCGGAAAGCUUUUGACAAAUUUAUGAAAGCAAAAGGACCAGAAAGGAAAUUUAUGGGAGGUGAACAGCCUAAUUUGGCUGAUUUGGCACUUUUUGGGGCUUGUAAUUCCUUUUAUGGCUGUAUUGCAUUUUCUGAAAUGUGUCAAUAUGACAAACGACUUGUUGAAUGGUUUGAAGCAAUGAAUUUGGCUGUUAAAGAAGCGAGAGGAAAGAAAUUGCUUGAAGCAAAAUGUAAAUUUGUAAAAGAAGGGAAAUAA